GAACCCCCUCCUCAAGGAGCCCUGAGGGUCACACAAAUAGCUUCUCCUAAAAAACACGUAGGUCUAUUUGUUUACAUAUGUUGUUUAAUAAGGGGGAAUCAUUUAUGUUUUUCAUGCAGCAUAAAGUGUUUUUUUCUCUCUCAUGCUCAGACUGUCACAGAGCAGUAAAUCAUGAAACUGACCCGGGUAACUGGGGGUCAUUUCUCUCUCUAUGUGUGUGUGUGUGUGUGUGUGUGUGUGUGUGUGUGUAUGUGGGGGGACGUCGCAGCAGCAGCAGCAGCAGUAGCAGCAGCAUCCAGCCGGUGAGAUCAGAUCAGCCCUGCGGGCGGCGCAUUGCUACCUGGCUGGGAUCCUGCACGGCUUUCCGCACGGAGUUUGAGAAGUGCUCUGGACUUCCUGGUACGGGACCAUGGACAUUUUCUGCUCCAGUUUGUCCGGGGAAAUAACUCCCGCGGCGGUGUGAUGAUAACGCAGGACCCGUCGAGUUGAGAGCAAGGACAUGAGUGCCUCUAGGAAAGACCCAGCGGAGAAUAACCUCACCUGUCCAAAGCCCCGCCCGAGCUGGGCCUCAACCUGCCCCCCACCUGUGGCCCCCCACCAUGACGUCUGAUACCGAGCAGGAUGCGGCGGUGAAACUUGACCAGGAGCGGGCUGAGAUAGUCGCCAAAUAUGACAAGGGGAAAGAGGCCACCGUGGAGCCGUGGGAGGACACCAACUUCCACCUGUACAAAGUCAUCGACCGCUUCGGCUUCGUCCAUGAGAGUGAACUUCCAUCCUACGACUCAGUGGAGGAGAAGCAAAAACACACGGAGGUGGAGAGGACCACCAAAUGGCUGAAGAUGCUGAAGAGCUGGGACAAAUACAAGAACAGUGAAAAGCUGGUCAGGAGGGUCUAUAAGGGAAUUCCCCUGCAGCUCAGAGGAGAGGUGUGGUGUCUGCUGCUUGAUAUUCCCAAAAUGAAGGAGGAGAAGAAAGACUUCUAUGAGAAGCUAAAGGCCAGAGCCCGAGGAGUCUCCCCCGACAUCCGUCAGAUCGAUUUGGAUGUGAACCGCACCUACAGGGACCACAUCAUGUUCAUGCAUCGCUACGAUGUCAAGCAGCAGGCGCUCUUCCACGUCCUCACAGCCUACUCCAUGUACAACACUGAGGUCGGAUACUGCCAGGGUAUGAGUCAGAUCACUGCCCUGCUGCUGAUCUACAUGAACGAAGAAGACGCCUUCUGGGCUCUGGUCAAACUACUGUCUGGGCAGAAGCACGCCAUGCACGGGUUUUUUGUUCCUGGUUUCCCGAAGCUGAUGCGUUUCCAGGAGCAUCACGACCGCAUCCUGAAGAAGAUGAUGCCUAAACUGAAACAACACCUGGACAGCCAAGAGGUGUUCACCAGUCUCUACACCAUGAAGUGGUUCUUCCAGUGCUUCCUGGACAGAACUCCUUUCACCCUCACUCUCAGGAUCUGGGACAUUUACAUCUUGGAGGGUGAAAGACUGCUGCCCGCCAUGUCCUACACUAUCCUCAAACUGCACAAGAAGCACCUGCUCAAGUUGUCCAUGGAGGAGCUGGUGGAGUUUCUGCAGGUGACUUUGUCCAAAGAUUUCUUCUUCGAGGACGACUUCGUGGUGGAGCAGUUACAGGCGUCCAUGACGGAGCUCAGGAGGGCGAAGCUGGAUCUGCCGGCACCAGGUGAAGCGGAAGAGUUUCCCAAGAAGCCUCUAGGGCAGCUUCCUCCUGAGCUGGCAGCAGCAGUCGUGAACCACGUCGUGGGCAACGGUCGGAGCCACGCCGAGCCAGCCGAGCCUCCCAGGGAACCCAGUCCUGUACCAGAUCGCCACCGGGACAGUCGUCCCCCCAGCCGGUCACGCAGGGACUCACUGGAUAAACCAUUCCGCCACCACAAGGAUUACAAGAGGGACGUUCGCUCAAGGGGAUCGGGGGAGAUCCCCAAUGACCACCGAAAGCAGUCCACCUCCACCACGCCUGAGAGGGGGGCGACACCGACCUCAGCAUCGACCCCUGUACCACAGCCCACCACAGUGGAUAGAAAGUCUCAGAGCCACGCCACUGCCAACCACAAUUCCAAUGCAGCCUCCAGCUCACACAGAGACAUCACUCCCCGCUGGUUCAAACCCUCCGAGACCAAGCUGGAAGCUGUCAAAGCUGCAGCAGCCCGGGACACCCACCUGAGCCGAGGGGCGUCGCCGGUCCCCUCCAGCCCAGGCGAGACCACACUGCCUCACCACCGGCCACGCUCUAAGGGCUUCGUCCCCGGCUCCGACCGUGGCUCCAAUGCCUCCCAGUAUGACAAUGUACCAGGACUGCCAGAGCAGGAUUUCGAGAUCCUGGAGCUUGAGAGACCUCCGUCCAGAAUGAGGACCCCUCGCAGUGAGACCCCCUUCAGUGUAUCGUCCCUCCACCAGGUCAGCCCCAGCCGUGGACCCAGCCUGGGCGGGAGCGUCAUCUCCAUUGCAUCAGGGCCCAGGGUGGCCAAACACCCUCUUCCUCCAUUUACCCACAACAAUCCAGCAGGGGUCCAGGCCAGCUACACUGGCAGCCAGAGCCAGUACCACACCCCUCCACAGCAGCACUCCCCAGGUAGAACUACUACCGAGGUCCCCAUCUUCCAUCCUGCCUAUAGCGUGAGCUUGGACCACAGAGGAGAGGACAGACACUAUGCUCCGCCCUCCCGAUUUCCUUCACCCUCCAGCAUGGCGUACGGGGAACGAGCGUACGCCACCACCCAGCGGCAGCCCAACAGCCUCUCCCCUGAGAAGGCUCUCAUGAACAACUCCUUCGCCACGUACCGCAGGCAGCCGCCACCCAGCUCCACCCACAACCUCCGAAACGCCAGGCCUCCCCCGGAGCACUCUCUGCAUCUGGAAACACAGGGGAGAUCCACCCCCAUCUACCUGCAACAGCUCACCUCCACCGCACAGGUCUACAAUACUGUGGACUACAGGUUCGAGGGGCAUCAGAGAGGCGAGCCAAACCUGCAGUACCUCCCAGAAGGGGGGCUCACGUUGGCGCCAGAAGACGAGCUGCCCCCUCAGUCCCCGGGUGGGAUGCCCCGCUCGCCCAGCUUCCAGCGAGCCCAAAUGUCCCCCGUGCAGUUCACUUUCCCUCCUAACCCCGACAGCCUGCAUCACUACAGGACACAGUUCCCGGAGCAGCAGCCUGUCAUAAGGCAACAGCACCCCCAGCUGUUUGGAGGACCACACUACAGGCACGCACAGGAGGCGUUUGCCAUGCAGGAGUCCAUGUUGCUGUGAUUGGAAGAUAAAAAAACGGCGAAACACUGUAAAAAAAAAAAAAAAAAAAUUAAAAAUUAACUGAAGUGUAGUCACUGACACUGUGGUAAAGGUGAGCAGUAGUCCUAGCGUUGUUAGGAACCUGGUUUUGUUUCUGCUCUACCGUUUCCUGUUGUUUAUGUGUGAAGUACUGACCAUCUGACUGUCACACUGCAUCGUAACGUUGCAGGACACACCAGCCUCUGACGUUUUUACUGAUCACUUUGAAAAGAGAAAAAAAAAACAAAAACAAAAAAACUGACUGAAGAUUUAAUUUUAUUUUUGGAUGUAAAUCAUUAACAAGAGGUGACAGUAUAUAUAUAAAUAUAUAUAUAUAUAUCUUUUAGAGUCUGAUAUGUACAGUGGAUUUUUUUUGUUAAUAUGCUGAUGAGUUUAUCAGUAGCAGGAGAUUGUUCUCCUGAAAGAGCAAAACUCUUGAUUUAUUUUCCAUCUUUAUUUUUUUAUAUGUUACUUCCAGAUAUUUACAUUAGAGAUCAAUUUUACUCUAUAUGCUUGUCAACAUUAUUUUUCAAAGAUGAGAAAUAAUACCGUGUCCAUUGAUAGAAAUUUAGAGAGCAGUGAUGAAUGGUCACUGUAAGUUAUGAUUUCCAUUUUGAAGCGCCUCCACUGUAGACACAGCAGGGUUUGUCGUUUAUUUUUGUUUUUUUCUUAAAUCUCAUUUAGUUUUUUGCUCAGUUUCAGUGAUAUUUUUUUUCAUUCCUCAUUAACUGUUGUGCACUGCAUUUCUCUUCCACAUGUGAAGUACAGUACAAUGGGUAUUUACACAUAUUUGAGGCCAGUGUAGAUUUUUUUUUUGUGAAAUUACAACCCUGAUUAGAGACUCAAGGAAUAGAGAGCUAAUUUGUGAGGGCUGAUAUAUUUUUUUGAUGGCUUAAAAGUCAUCAGAUUUGCUAUGUAACCAUAGGUAACGUGUUUUUUUUUUUGUUUUUUUUUUAAUUGCUGUACUGUAGUUACCACAUCUUGAGCACAUGCAGUCAGAGACGGAUGUGAACUAGUUUCAGUACAAGUUUGCUUUACUUCAUUAUGUCUUAUUAUUCUCAACACUGUCAUAUCAACUACUGUUCAGCUGCUGGCACUUCCACUGGCACACAGUCAUCUGGCACACACAUACACAUACACACACACACACACACACACACUACAUAGUCACAAAUGUGUGAGUCACACAUUUCAACAUUUAAUCAGUCACCUUCCCCAUCAUUCCUCAUACUCUGGUUUAAUGUUGUAUUGUUUUACUGUGCAUUACAUUCCCUCAGUUAUCUUUCUUUUUGUUAAGCGACUAAUUGCAGACCAUUCUGAUACUUUGCUUAAUAAAAUGAGGUGGGGGUGAAAAUGAAA